AUGGAAAGCGAUACUCGACGUCCCAAGAACCUCGUCUCCUUCUCGGAGCGAGUUGCUGCCUUUCUCACCAACAGACAGAGCUGGACUCUCCCCUCGCAAGAGGAGAUUCUCGUGGAGAAAAACGGCACCCCAUCUGUAGGCUUUCGAAACGAAUUGCCGCUUGAGCAGAACGACAUCAGAAAUUCUUUCAUACGACGACAGUAUGACACUCCCGAAGAAGAGUCUCGCCUCGAUCCAGAACUGCUCGCCAAUGAAAAUCUAAUUCAGACAGUAUUACUCCCAGCAACAAUUAUUUGCGUACCUAUCGCUCUUCUGGCUGCUACUCUACUUGCCCUGAUUUAUAUGUACAAAGUCCAGCCGGUUCCAAGUCUUUUCAAUCCAACAGAAGCAUCAGUACAUGGGCCUGGAUUCGUCCUUGUCAACUUUGCUGCAACCCGAUUGGUCUUCGUCGCCAGCUUUCUGUCCACAUUGGCACCUCUGCUAGGCUCCUUCAUACUAUCUGUCUUUGCGCUUCCCGUCUCGCGGAGACUGCGGGAUGCAUCCAGAGAAGCAAAAUAUCUCAACCUACCGACACCCUUUCAGAUGAGUUUGCUGAUCGGGAUUUUGGUCGCGUCUGCACAGCAAUUACGCUCGUAUCUUUGGUACCUUGUCCGCCGGCGAAGACCCAGCAUCCCGCCAGUUCUGCACUGUGCUGCUUCCAUGAUGCUCCUGAGUUUGCUGAUGGCUGCUGCCGUGUUCGUGGCGGACACCAUCUUGCAUUACACGACGUCGACCGUUGAGUUUGAUCAGAUCUCGGUCCCACCGCAACCCAACCAGGAAUUUGGACGUGGCCUCUCAGAAUUUUGCUUGACAUUUAAUCGCACUUUUGUGGGAUUUCCUUGUUCCGACACAACGGACUCCGGGGUAGUUGAUCCUAAUGCAAACUUCGAGGCAACAGAAACGAAUCGGCUCUUCCAUAAUACUUCGCAACUUUCAGAGAUUCGAAUCACGGCAACAGACGACGUUCCGGGUGCUGAUUUAGCAUACCUCAUUCCGCAGCAAGAAUCGAUUGUUCCCAACACUGAUUAUGAAGCAUCCACCAUUGGUAUCUCGACAACGUGUCGCUUUGUCAAUCCAGCUAGCUGCGGCAUGGUACUUUGGGAUGAUUAUUAUACCAACUUCAGCUGCACCGACAUGUUCCACGGCACUAUCGGAAUGCCCCCCAUUGUGAGCACCAGCCUAUUGGACCCACGUCCUCCGGAUCCAUAUCGCUCGUUCUUGAUGUACAAAGGGGCCGCGAACCUGAUGUACUCUUUUUUUAGCGAUUCAGGAAUGAAAAACAUCUACAAUACUGUUGGCUACAACGACUCGGGCCUUUUCGAUCUGAGCAUCUCUCCGUAUCCCAACUCUGAAUUGGUGAAUCCGUUCUACGUCGGCAUCGCCGCGCGAAUUUCCACAACAAGUGGGCAGUUUGUGUCUGGCAGUGAAAUGAUGGCACCUAACAACAACGCCACUUUCCUCUCCGACGGCGUCCUGGAUUUUAUCCUUAAUUGUGCCGUCGCAUCUUACAAUGUCUCGUAUACUUGGGUUGACGGACGCCUGCAGAGUAUCAACGCCGUGCCAACCGGCAAUGGCAGUGUUCUGGAAAUCUACCAUGGGUCUUUACUGUACGCGACAAUCAGUGGCGGGGAUUCUGAUCUACAGGACUUCCUCACGCAGUCCGCACUUGCUGGAGAUACGACUGAGUCCUUUCUCCAGAAAUUCGGAAGUCUGUACUCCACCAAGGUCUUAGCAGAAAUCGGCGGGUACACUACGGGUCGCCUUGCCCUAGCGCAACAGCUGCGUGAACAUAUGCUCCUUUCCAAAGUGCCUAUCCCACCUCUGGCUAUGUUGGUGGCAUUGAGUUUCUGCUAUCCCUUGCUUGGACUGAUACUUGCCGUCCAAGCAUACUGGGCAUCCCGUGGCAAUGUUCGCGAUAUUGCAGCGAAACUGAGCUUGCUAGGACUCUCUCAGGCUGCUUUUGGAGACAAGCAAACGGGAGCUUCGACUAAUGGGACCACUUCGAGGGAGGAAGUAAGUCGGGUUCUCACACAGGAGACGAGGCGAAUCCUUGUCGACGGCAGCGCCCAACAGGGUUUCGAGUUCGGCGUAAUGCUGUGA